AUGACAGCCAACGAGCUACGCGACUGGCUCAAGGAAGAGCAAUCGCAGUCAUCGGGGUGGCAGAACGAGUCCGGUUCUGGUGAAACGAUCGGACACGAAAGCGGUCGCAAAAUCGUCUCUAUCCUCGAGCACAAUCCCUCCAAAGAGCCAUCUGAGUACUCGGACGAAGACGUCGACCAUAUGCGUCGCGUCGUGUCGUAUUGCAAGCGGCAUCUGGCGCAGGAGGAGACGGCCAAGCAGGAUACGACGAGUAAGAGUUAUCGGAGCUUGAAGAACUGGGGACAUGAUGUGUUGAAGGAGUGA